CAGGCUGCCUGGGCUUUCCUCCCCCGCCCCAGCCUCUCACACCCGGACGGUGGCACCAGGCUGCAGGAAGCAACUUGCAGCUGGAUAAUCCACCCCUGGCGGGUUGGAGGGGGGAGCCCCCAUCAGACUGGCUGUGCACAGAUUCAUCCAGGAAAUGGCCCGGAGAGGAGAAAUCGCUCUGCCAGCCCCCGUGGAGCUGUGGAGCCCUGAAAUCAAGCUGGCAAGUUGCUGCAGAGGCUGGAAUGUGGAGACCAAGCCAGUAUUGUAAAGGCUUCAGCAUCACUAGCUCAGGCUGGGAACGCUCCUAAUUCCACAAGCAUUUAAAUCCCCGCUGUCCUCCGGUCUCUGACCUAGGCUCGUCAUCCUGCAGCGGGGGCUCUGGCAACAGGAUGGGAAGAUUUCGUUAUUUUCCCGUCGCUACAGGCCAGGGCCCUUCAGUGCCCCGGCUGCCUGUGCCCCUCCCGCAGGGUGGGACGUGUUGCCUUUGGUGUUCAAAAUGGCUGGUGGCGUGGACGGCCCCAUCGGGAUCCCGUUCCCUGAUCACAGCAGCGACAUCCUGAGCAGCCUGAACGAGCAGAGGAACAACGGGCUGCUGUGUGACGUGGUCAUCUUGGUGGAUGGUCAGGAGUUCCCCACCCACCGCUCUGUCCUGGCGGCCUGUAGCCAAUACUUCAAGAAGCUCUUCACCUCAGGGUUAGUGGUGGACCAGCAAAACGUAUACGAGAUAGACUUUGUGAGUGUGGACGCCCUGUCGGCGCUGCUCGAUUUCGCUUACACCGCGACCCUGACCGUCAGCACUUCGAACGUCAACGAGAUCCUCAACGCCGCCAAACUGCUGGAGAUCCAGGCGGUAACGGAGGUUUGCACGGAUCUCCUAGACAGGAAGAUUCUGGCCAAAAAUGACCAGAUGGAUUUAGUAGAUCAAAUUGAUCAAAGGAACCAUCUCAGAGCAAAAGAGUACCUGGAGUUCUUCCAGAGCAACCCCAUCAACGGCCACCAAGGCAACUUUCCAUGGACCAACCAAGACUUGAGAGACCUUCAGAGACUGAACUUCCAAGGGCAAGAGGACGAGGAGGAGCCGGAUUGCAACGGCAUGGACUUCUACUCACAAGCCCCCCCAAACGAAAGACCAAAGGUGAACGAUGGUGACCCUGACAGCAACCAUGCCAUGUGGCUGGAAAGAGAGGAAGAGGAGGCCCCGGGAGCCUUAUUCCCACCUUCCCAGAAUGGACAUUACAGUGGACACAGCCUGACGGCACAAGGAGAAGAGGAGGCAGCUCCGGGAGGUCACCUGGACCAGCAGGAAGCCAGCAACUCUCCCAGUUUCGUUCCUGGGGGAGCGGAGGCUGAGGAGGCUGAGGCUAGAGAGGUGGACGGUCUGGCCGCCAGUGCCCUACUGCAGCAGAUGAUCAGUUCCGUGGGAAGGCAACAGCUGGGUGAGGACGACCAGAAGGACGACGACGGGGUGAUGGAUUAUUACUUGAAAUACUUCAGCAGCUCUCACGAGAGCGACGUGUAUCCGUCCUGGUCCCAGAAGGUGGAGAAGAAGAUCAGGGCGAAAGCAUUCCAGAAGUGCCCCAUCUGUGACAAGGUGAUCCAAGGGGCUGGCAAGCUGCCCCGCCACAUCCGCACCCACACGGGCGAGAAACCCUACGAAUGCAACAUCUGCAAAGUCCGAUUCACCAGGCAGGACAAGCUGAAAGUUCACAUGAGGAAGCACACAGGUGAAAAGCCUUACCUGUGCCAGCAAUGCGGGGCUGCUUUUGCUCACAACUACGACUUGAAGAACCACAUGCGUGUGCACACUGGCUUGCGGCCUUACCAGUGCGACAGCUGCUUCAAGACUUUCGUCCGAUCCGACCACUUGCACAGGCACCUUAAAAAAGAUGGGUGCAACGGCAUCCCAUCCAGAAGGGGGCGCAAGCCCCGGGUCAGAGAUGUGAGCGGCCUGCCCGCCCCCGCAGGGAACCCCGAAGAUGGAAGCUUUGAAGCUGGUGGCGAGAGACAAGAAUCACAGGAGGACACCGUGCAGAAAAAUGGCCAGGAGGAGCACUUUGAAGAUAGUUCUAACAAUGAGGCAUCAGGAGGAUUGAAUGUAGCGGAGGGGUCGUCAGAGGGUAACACACAAGGACUCUCCUAAACCAAAAAAAAAAAAAAGUGUCACAAAAUCUAGUUAGUACUUUCCUCCAAUUUCUCUUUAAAAUAUUUCUCUCCCUUUUAAAAAGAUUAUAUAUAUAUAUAUAUAUAUAUAUAUAUAUAUAUGUUUCCAAUCUUCCCACCAUAACCAGUCCCGUGGGGACACCUCUAAUAGCUAAGGACCUUUCGUUGGAAGGCAGAUGCUUAGGAAGUGUGAGAUUGGGAGGGUUGAAAGGUUGAUCUAUAACAUGGAAAGAAGCUUCCAUGCAAAUCCAAAGCUUUUAUUUUGUGUCCAGACACACUUUAAAAAAUGGCAGAGAUGCAUCUAUUUAAAAAAAAACCCAGAAAAAUUCCAAGAGGUGAAUAGGUUCUUCCUGGACAGUCACUACAUUUUGUGCCUCCGUCUGACUGGAUGGGAAAGAAUUGAGUGCAGCUUUCUCUCCACUGGAAAGUGAAAGCUCCUGAUGCCUGAGAUGGUCUUGUGUUGAUCGGGGAUUUGAUUCUGCCGUAGGGAGUUCAGAUCCUUUCUGGCCUGAUGCCGAGCGAAGCUGGCUGAAAUCACCUGGUGCACUAUUUUUAUAAUGAUAAUUGGGGGGGGGAGGGGGGGAAUGGAUGAUAUUUUACAUAUUCAAUUUUUUAAGAGUGAUUGCUCCUGCCACAUGGGUGGGCAAACAGAAUUUUGCAAGGCUGCUCCAAGCCUCAGGUUUGAAAUGCCUAGAUGCCAGGUGAAACUGCGACUCUCCCCAGGAGGUUUAGAUUGGCGCUUCUUUCCCGAUUGGGAGGCAGGACUCCUGCGUUCAUUCCUGGCUCUGCCACAGAAUUGCUGGGUGACUUUGGCAAGUCGUUUUCCCUCUCUGGGGUGCAGCUUCCUCAGCUGUAAAAUGAGACAAAUGCUGUUUUGUGUGAGAUUUGGGAAGUGCUUUGAGGUCCAGGGCGUGCGUGUUGCGAUAAAGGUGUGAACUCCUUCCUUGGCAGAAAAACUGCUCUGUUCAGGGGUUACUACGUGAGGGUCUCUUGGACAAAAAUGGCAGCCACUCUCUGCUCUGUGUAAAGAUCUUUGGGGCACUUUUCCUGAGGAUGUUUGCAGAGCCGUUGGCCAACAUUCCCCCUCACCCACCCAUUGGGCAGCACAUGUUUAUGCCUCACUCUUGUCCUCCACCCCAGAGGUGGCUGCAUUUCCAUGAGUGCUGCAUGUAUAUAGUCUGUAAUGUGUUGUAGCAUUGAAGGCCCUGUUUUAGUAAGGUAGCCGUGUGGCUACCAAACCUCUUUCUCCCUAGCCCACUGAAAACCCUGAAUCGGGCAGGAACCUGAGCAAUCUAAUCCAAUUCCAGGCAACCUCUGAUGGAAUGGGCUAGUUCUCUACUUUGAUGACUUAUUGCCUGGUCCUGUGCUUGGCAAAUUGUGCCCCAAUAGGAGAGGAGCAGAGGGUAGAUUUUUGCUAGAUCAGAUUGUUGCCUCCUGAAUCUGAACCUUGCCUUUCAAGACGCAGCAAUUAGUCAAUCCUCACUGAUUCAGAUUCCCUGAUACUCCCCUCCCCCAGAGCUGAAGCUCGAGCCCCCUCUGGGAUGUAACAGGAUUCUUCUGUAUCUUUGGGCCUGCCGGGAGUUAAAGAUCAGUAACUGACAAGAUGCGGUGUUCAGUCUUUUGCCACGCUGACAUGGAAUGGACAGCGCCCGUGUGAUCGUGCUUUUACCACUUGUUAAUAGAAGCUUUCAUUCCAGGAUCUCAAAGCACUUCAUUAGAUAGUUCUAUUAAGUAAAAGAAUCUCUUGGAGCAGGGUAACCCCCAAGAUUUUAAGAAUCAAAUGAUAGCACCCUAAAAGCAGUUAAAACUGAGUUUUUGGGGUUGCUUUGUUUUUGUUUUUUUAAAGGGUUAUUUAAAGUCUCCCUGAAAGGUGUGCUGAGUCCUUCUGGAGAUGGAAGCUGUUGGGAUGGGGGGAAAAAAGCACUCUGGGGCUGCUACUCCUUUAAGGCUUUGGAGUUGGGGUUUGGAAUUUAUCUCCUCUGGGGAUCUCAGGCUGGGCCAUUUAAAUGCACAGGCUUCUGGGAUGGGUAGUUCUCCAUCAGACUGGCACCAAUGUAUUUACUGUUCUGCAGAAGCAAAGCUGAAUUUAUUUAUUUGAGUAGCGGGCACUGAUAGACUGGCCCGGGGGAUGUGCACAGAGCUAAUGUGGUGGGGUGGAGGAGAUGGGCACUGGGGCUGACUGCACCUCAAGCCCCGGCGUCCUCUCCUUGCUGCGGUUGCUAGGAGAGCGCCCAAAGCUUCACCCGGUCCCUGGUUUCAGUCCCCAAAAGAUGCGGGCGUGACCUGUGUGUGAGAUGAUCAGAAUCACAGGCUAAGCUGGUCCAAAACAGGCCACUGACUCCUUGACACGAAGGGGUUCAGGGCCUAAUGGUUACACCAAAGUCUUUACAACCCUCUGCUAGCACAGGACCUUGAAAGUGGCUUGUAAAUUACUCCCACUGUCCUGGGGCCCAGGUGGCCUGGGUCUUCGGUCUGGUCCACACACAAGGUUUUGUACCAGUAUAACUGUGUCAGGCAGGGGUGUGACUUUUCACUGAAGUAGUUAUACCAGUACAAUGCCUACUGUGGAUACAUUGGUAACAGUACAAAGAUUUGAGAAGGGAAAUAAGCAAUACUGGUAUAAGCAUCUUUCUACCAGUAAACUGCAUCCACAUGAGAGGGUUUGUGCCCCUUUAACUACUCCGGGACAGGUAAAGGGGUCCCGUGCCCUCAUGUGGACACUGAAUGUUGGUGGUGGUUGGUAACCAGUCCCAGCCCUAUGAUCUGAAACAUCUUACACGGGUCAGUCUCAAUCAAUCCCUAUUCCCUAGCUGGAUAGAGAGUCAAGUAUGCAGAUAUAAAGUAUAUAUUGGUGUGUAUUACCCAGCUCCUCCAGCUUAGCAGAGUCUAGAAAGGGCAUCUUUCAGCCAUUCUCCUGUUUUUUAAAUGCACAGUUCAAAAUGAAAAGAGAUUCUAGUCCUUUUAUUUUGAAAGCACUUUUUAGAUUUUAUUUUAAUUUUAAAGUGAGAGCAGGUUUGGCCGAAUGUAAACUGGAGAGGGAGUGAGAGGGGAGUGUGUGAACUGGGGGGUGGGGGGGUGGGUGUCGGGAGAGAAAGAUGGAUGUUUAUUUAAUGCAGAAAAAGCAAUAAAAAUUUAAAAAACCAUUAUUAAAAAAAAACCAUAAAAAAAAACAACCACGAAGUCUUAGCACUUUGCGAUGGAA